ACGAGCAAGGACCAAGAUCGUCAACCUUCUUCCAGAUGUUUCUCGACUUUGCCCAGUCGUAUGAUUUGCGGUCCAAGCGCUCUGGACGGCGAAAGCACCAUACAGAUCAGCAGCUCAAGGAUGGACGGCCUAAAAACAAGGAUGGAGAGGAACUCACUCUGCAGGACAUAGAAUCCAUCAAGCCAGAGUGGAUUUCUCAGAUCACGAUCAACAACUGGCUAUAUGAUGCAGAUGACCCUCGCGAUGUGGACUGCAAGAUGUUGACAACUUCGUCUAAACUGGUAGAUAUCAUUGAUAUGACUCCUGAUGUUGAUGAGUCAAAGUUUAUGGAUUUGAAGCCUGCCAACCUGCACCUUGCAACAGCUUUGCAAAUGAGUGGAGCAGCGAUUUCUAUCAAGACAGGGACACUGUCUACUGUCAUCCAGCAAUUCCGUGAGAUCUUUGUCAUUUUCGGGCUAAGAGAUGAUGUCUACCUGCCGUCGUGGUUCAACUCGGCUCAGCGUGAUGUUGACACUGUUGUGAAGCUUAUCAUCGUUAUCAUCCUGCAAGCGGUCUUCACUCACUUCUAUAUCAUCAAGCUGGUAGCACCACAAUGGUCCGAGUCUACCCUGCUCUGGUGGAGUUCCAACAUUGUCGUUUGUACAGUCUACAUUCUCGCAACCAUGCCUGCGCCCCAGAGUAGCGAAGAGAACGAUGUCGUUUCGUCCUCUGCACGCUCCUUUCUGGAGCUACUGCCAACUGCUCGUCAGAUCCGUGAACUGGCAACGCCCACCACAUACGGAAACCACCCGGACUAUAUCCUGCAUAUCAGCGAUGGCGGACACAUGGAGAAUCUUGCCCUGUUGCCGUUGCUACGACGACGAACUGAUUACAUCAUCUUGGCCGAUGGUUCGCUUCAUGGCACAAUAGACCAUGCAUGCUUGCUGUGGGACGCUAUGAACUAUGCACGCAUGUGGCUGGGCUGCCAGUUCACCUCCUUGGAUGACACGGACGUCGAUGAGCACAUGCUGCGUACGAUGGGUUACCAUAGCGACGGAGCGGCACCGCAGGCGUACGGACUCAAGGUGAAGUACAUGGGCCAGAAUGAGCUCGGUGAAGAAGAAGUUGUCAAGGAAGGCCGCAUUCUAAUGGUACAGCCUCGUCAUCCACGCUACAGAAUUGAAGGUGCCUGGUCUGGCCCCACUGAUGAGGAUUGGACUGUGGAGAAUGCUGACAAUCUUGUUGGUGUAUUUACCAGGAGCAUGAAUGGCAAGUACAAGGACUUCUUCACCAGCCUGUCUGGACCCUAUCCUGGGUACGGAGGACUUUGGCUUGGAGCUGUUGCCACACCAAACAUGACGGAGGCCCUCAUGGCGGACGGAAAGCGUGUAAUGCAAGCACCGGCAGUGAAAGAAUUCCUCAGCGACUUGCAUGCAGACCAACUGAAGCAAGACGAGUAUCUGUCUUCCAUCGAGCAAAGUAUGGAGAAACCUAAGCAACCUGAAUGCCCACAACUACAAUGCAGAAUCAGCACCUACAGCCGCCUGCAAUGCUGCGUUCCGCGUGGUAUCUUGAAGCGAACUCCAUCACAAUGCUCACCGCAUAGAAGCCCUAAGCAUGACAAGGCUGCGUUAGAUUCUCUUCCAGAGGAAUGUGUUGAUAUCUAGAACGUUGUCUGUUCCUGUGGUAUCCCUGCGUAGUGAAGUAGAACAGUUCGCCUCUUUCUCCAAUAGUAUAUUAUGAUACCAUAAUGCACGACUAUUUUGGUGAAGGAAAAUAAACAACAACUAUAUUUAAUGCUUCGAAUUAUAAAUUUGAAUUUGUACGUCGUGUUCUUCAUUUGAGACUUUGCUUACCGUUUUGCUCUUCUAUCCAUACUCUGCAUUCUCUGCGCCUGCUCUGUUCCUUUCUCCUCUUGCUAGUACCAUGUUUUCCUUUUGCUGAUUCACUGACUGUCAAUUUGUCUAGUUUCAAUUGUUUCAUCGUCUGCCAGAUCGCGGAGGUCGUUUCCUGCAUCGUAGCUAACUGUUGCUUUUCGAACACAUUUUUGCAUAGGCAUUUUCACGAGUUGUGUUGACGUUAUGCCGUAUCAGCUACGCGUCAUUAUUGCGGAUUCAAUGUUCACAACUUUACUUGAAAUGUCUCAACUCUUGGAGCAGAA